AUGCGCGGUCAACCAAUGACGAUCGACGUUAUCGGAGACGUGGAGGAGAAGGCACCGGCGCCGCGCGGGUAUCAACGCGCGAUCGAUCUUGGCGCGUCGCCAUUCGCUUUGCUCCAGCCACCUCAUACGCGCGCAGCACCGCCGCCGCAGCAGCGCGUACCAGCGCAUGCGCCACUUGUACAGGCGUAA